GGGCCGCGGUGACGCACGCGGAAGUGCCCGUGGGCCGUGGAAAGCAUCCCUGGCAGCAGAGCGGCGGCGGCCACGGCCGGGCGCCCCGACCGCAGGGGCCCUGGAUCGCUCCCAGUCGGUUGAAGCCCAUCGGCGCCGCCGCCGCGGGCGGCCGCAUGAGUCGGGGAAUCAUGCCCCAGCCCGGAGCGUGGCCGGGCGCCAGCUGCGCCGAGACUCCUGCGCGGGAGGGCGGGAAGGCGGCGGCCGGCGAGCAGCCCCGGCCCGCGGUGCGGUGCCCGGUCGAGCAUGAGGAGGACAUGUACCGUGCUGCAGAUGAAAUAGAAAAGGAGAAAGAAUUGCUUAUACAUGAAAGAGGGGCAUCAGAACUCAGAUUAAGUGUGGCUCCUGAAAUGGACAUCAUGGACUACUGCAAAAAAGAAUGGAGGGGAAAUACGCAGAAAGCAGCAUGCAUGAAAAAGGGCUACGAGGAGGUUUCUCAGAAGUUCACCUCUAUAAGGCGAGUCCGCGGUGACAAUUACUGUGCACUGAGGGCCACGCUGUUCCAGGCGAUGAGCCAGCCUGCAGAGCUGCCUGCCUGGCUGCAGGACCCGGAGCUCACGCUGUUACCAGAAAAACUCAUAAGCAAAUACAACUGGAUCAAGCAGUGGAAACUUGGACUGAAAUUUGAUGGGAAGAGUGAGGACCUGGUUGAUAAAAUUAAGGAGUCCCUCACUCUGCUGAGGAAGAAGUGGGCAGGCUUGGCUGAAAUGAGAACUGCCGAAGCAAGGCAGAUAGCUUGUGAUGAACUGUUCACAAAUGAAGAAGAGGAAUACAGCCUCUAUGAAGCUGUAAAAUUUCUAAUGCUAAACAGAGCCAUUGAACUAUAUGAUGAUAAAGAGAAGGGAAAGGAAGUACCGUUUUUCUCUGUGCUCCUGUUUGCUCGGGAUACAUCUAAUGACCCUGGACAGCUGCUGAAGAACCAUCUAAACCAGGUGGGACACACUGGUGGCCUUGAACAGGUUGAAAUGUUCCUUCUCGCCUAUGCUGUGCGCCACACCAUCAAGGUGUACCGGCUUUCCAUGUACAACACCGAAGAGUUCAUCACAGUCUACCCCACUGACCCUCCCAAGGACUGGCCAGUGGUGACCCUCAUCGCCGAGGACGAUCGGCACUAUAACAUCCCUGUCAGAGUGUGCGAGGAGACAAGUCUGUGAGCGACACCUGCACCUGGCCAGCCCAGUCUGGGACAAAGAGCACAGGCAGUUCCUCAGCUUGGGCUUCAGGCCUGUGGGUCUCUAGAACGAUCUAUGGGAACUCUUGAGUCCCUGCGAGCCACAUUGGACUGGGAUGUUCUGAAGACUAGCUUUUAAUAAUAAGAACUAACCAGGUCUUUUCCCUCAUCUGUAAUGCAAUAUGUUUCCAUGGGGGCCUUCAGAGCACACCUUUGGAAGGUGCAAACUACAUCUUGUCCAUGAGGCAAAUACUUUUGUAUCAAAGGAGACUCAUUUGGAGAGGAGUAUAUUCUUUAUCUCUCAAAUCAAAACUCUGUCUGAUGGUAAA